AUGAGUCCGACAAGGGCCUGCUCGGCGGCCAACGACGGGCGGCCAGCGCUCCCACCCAAGCGCGCCUCGUCCUUCGCCGGCUUGCUCAGCAAGAUCCUCCCGAGUCAUCGCCCCGAACAGGGCGGCACGCGGCGCCCUAAGGAUGCCACCGGAGACACCGAUUCGGCGUACCAUGACCUGAAAAUAAACCCCAACGAGCUGCGAGACUGGAACGUUGCACGGGACAGGCCCGCGCGGGUGGUCGCUGCUGCUGCUGCGGCGGAGGAGUCGAGUCCUCGCAGGGGGCACAGCUGGAGUCCGCGGAAAGGGGAUAGCAAGUUCGUCGAGGACCUGGCCCCGAACACUGCGCAGCGCCUUGCACCAAACGUGCCGGAUCGUCACCCACCACCUCGCCCGGUCACGGCCCCGAGCACAUCGCUCCUAAAGUCUGAUUCGAUGACGCAGGCCGAGAUCUCGGAGCUACUCAAAGCGAAAGAGAAAUCGCGCAGACAGCGCCGCAGUCUGAAGGCGAGCGGAGACUGGCUGGGUCCGCAGGGGGCCGAUCCGUACACGGGCGAGUUCCCGGUCCUGUCGCCGACGGACACGCUCAGUUCGGACACGACGACGCUGUCGACGCGGGACCGGCUGGCCGGCCUGAUGCGGCAGAAGGAGGAGGCCAAGCUGGCGUACCAGCAGGUCAAGCUGCUGGAGGAGGAGGAGAAGGAGAGGGCCAAGCGCGAGAAGGAGCACGCGAAGCUCAACAAGAUCGAGCGGGCCAAGGACGAGCUCAGACGGGAGCAGUCGUUGGUGAAAUGGAGCCAGCAUAAGCGCCAUUGGUCCUCUGCCGCCGAGCCGAACCUGAGCCCGAUUGCUCAGUCUAUGGAUAGCCUGGCGUUGGGAAAUGGUCCUGAAGAGAUCACGGUUAUACCUAACUACUCUCGUCCGUCUCCAUCACCAGCUGGAGCUCGGACUGUGGUCACUGGCCCGUUGGAGCCAUUGAGUUCUGAGAAUAAGCAGCUUCGAAAACACGAGCAUCGAUUUGAUCCAUCGACCGACACUAUCAUUCACAACACCUCAGUUAACCUUCCACCUCCAAGGCUACCAUUUACUGCACCGGCUGUUCCGCCUCCCACCUUGCCUUUAGAUAACGAGCAGUCGGAUCUCGUACGCAGUAAGAGUGAGAAGCAUUUUUUAUGGAGACGCCGCCGAAGAACGAUAGGCCCUGGGGAGCUGGUUAGAGAACCAGCCGCAGGCGCGGGAAUCUCGACGUCGGUGACGGAAGGGCGUCUCGUGUCCAGUUCGCUGGUACACCUUCCCACGACGACGAACCACUUCGCCGACCUGGCGAUCCCAGAUCACCGCCUGCAUCUGAUGUCGCCAGACCCGGUCGGGAAGCACGACAACCCAUCGAGUCCUUCGGUCGGCUACCCAUCGAUAUCACCGACUCGAAAACGCCAAGGGGUAUUGGACGGUACACAGAUCCUGACCCCAACGACAGAUACCCAGUCUCACCGGGCAGAGUCCCACCUACCCAGCCAAGGCACCAGCGUAGCUACAGUGACCUCAUCCCAGUCGAAGUUGAAAGGGCUCAUGAAGCCUCCCUCCAUCCCCCGAAAGUUGGCCCCAAGCCGACUGGUAUCCGCCCCAGCCAACGAGACGCACAAGCUGCUAACGAGUAUCCACGACUCUCUAAACCGCACCGACAAAGAUCCGUCAGGGGAGACCCUGGGGUCCCAGAGCGAACAUCUACCGGUGGAUAUCCAGGGGAGAAUCAGUCCCGAGUGGGCUGGGAACGUGCUGCACCACAUGGACAGUCGCAUCGAGUUGGUCAAGAGGGAAUCUGCGUCCAUACACACCACCAUCACUACUGGCUCCGAUCCCGCUCAGCCGAGCCAACACGACGAUACACCAUCUCAACUACAAGUCCCGAACGGCCAGCCCGACAGCGUCGCGGACACCAACGGAGGUCUAGUGACUCCGACGUCACCGAAAGGGCAGCCACCGCACUGCGUCGAGUCGACCCCAGCCACCUACGAGAGGACGAUACCUUCCCGUCCCACUACACCACCGAACGGCUCGCAGAGACUCGUGCACGCCCAAAAGACAGCAGAGACAGAUACUGUAUCAGACCGCCCUGUGACACCGGACCAAGACCGGACGCCGAAGGCGCACCACCCCUCGACUCCCGGCUCUUGCCGGACUCCCAGGCAGACAGUCCACGAGAAGUCACGAGACAGCCUCGAGGAGGCAGGACAAGGGACAGUGACUCCUCCGCCCAGAUACGUCGACUUCACAGAGGGGAGCGCACCGGCCGUGAGAACUCCAGAAAAAGAGCCGAAGUACAAGAGCACAAGCCCCAUACGAAACCUUCAAGGAAAAUUCCGACGAGCUCGUCCGCGCCAGUCACCUUACGAGCACACGGAGGCGAUGGUGCAGGAUGCGGCACGGAUCGCCAUGCAGCGGUCGCGGGCAAAGGAAGUCAUGAACCGCAGUCCUAUCCGAGCCAGCCGGCUCCCAGGCCCGAUCGACAAACCACCGCCCCUACCACAGAAGAAAGAGAAGAAGGGGCAACAGCACCCCGACCACGACGGCAGCGCCAACGCAGGCACCGGCGUUCUUUCCAGGCUUAAGUCCUUUGGGCGCGGACAGCAGCAGAGGGGGAAAGAGAAAGACACACAGAGCCAAAAUCAGAAUCAGAAUCAGAAUCAGAAUCAGAAGAAGCAGUCUGAUGAUGCAAAGCAGAAGACGAAGACCAACGGCGUCUCCUCCGAGAAACGAAAGCCGCCGGCUGAUGGCGCUGACGCUAACGCUUUCAUGGUCAUGGGGCAUGGUUUUAUCAUGGUGUACAUGGUGCUGCUGGGCCUCGCGUGCGCGUGGUGGACCGUGGCGCGCCCGGCGUUCGACCAGACGAGCGACUUGUGGAAGAGGCGCCGUGGGCAGCGGAGCUCGUGGGAGGAUGUUUCGGUCUUUGCGGCUGCGGCUGCGCUUUGUGCUGUUGGUGCUGUUGCGACUUGGUUUGUGUUGACGGGGGUUGGGUGGGUUUUGGGGGUUUGA